AUGCUACUUGCAGGUCACUGGCGGCGCCAUCGAGGUGAUCGAGAGAGAGGUAUCCCUGAACACUGUAGAUGUGGUGAGAAGGCCAUCAUAAAGACUUCUGGCACUGCUAAAAACCCCGGCAGGCUAUUUUAUUGCUGUCCCAACGGUUCAGAGGAGGACAAAUUUCAUCUUUUCACAUGGACCGACGAACGCAUUGUCGAAGAUGUGGAGGACCUGAAGUCAGUAGCUUGCGAAUUGAAGACAGAAAUUUCUUCAAUUAGGGAUGAGUUAGAUGCAUUUGAGAAGCAGCUACAACGGCUAAAUAUCAGGAACGAUCUGACGAGAAACCAUGGCGGUUGUUGUUCUAUUCUCUAA